AUGAUUGAUAUCAAGAAGGGAAAUGACAAUAAGAAGACGUCACAUUGCUUGUUCUUCAUUAUCGUGAUUAGUUCACUGCGAGGCUUCUGUAAGCCACCAUCGAUUUUCGAGAGUUGUAGCAAGAUGACAGCCUGGAAAUUCUACAUCAACAUUGCAUUCGGUCUCUGUCUUGUUUGCAUAUCACCAUCGUUGUUACAAGAAGUUAAUACUGAUGAUCUCUGUGAAGGGAUGCCAAAUGGAACCUUCGUCCCUGAUCCGUUAGCCUGCGAACCUCCACGAUGGGCUGAAUGUCCUAAUGAUUACUGGUUCAAUCCUGAGACUAGUGUUUGUGAUAUGCAGGAGAAUGUUGACUGUGUUCAUGUUACGACUGAACCUCCUACGACCACCACAACUCCAGCCCCUACAACAACACCACCAACGACGGUUUGGGAUCCGGACAUUGAGGCUGGGAUUGUCUGUCCAAGUCAGGACAAUCCCUAUAGGAUCAUAUUUCUCCCGAGUAGCGUCGACUGUGGCCGAUACUACAUUUGCUAUCAUGGUCGGCCUCACAGAUUUCAGUGUGUUUCAGGGAUGUACUGGAACUCCUUUUGGGCUCAAUGUGACUAUCCUCAGAAUACGUACUGUGAGGUAAACCCGAAUCCGUUUCCCUUGUGUCCGAGAAGUGGCCUAACGAUCUUUCCCCAUCCUGACGAGUGUGACUCCUACAUUUACUGCCUCAACGGAGAACCAUCGAUACAGAAGUGUCCCUUUUAUCACCAUUGGGAUAUUGGCAGUCAAUCCUGCAUGAUGCAAGAUCGAGCUCUGUGUGUGAAGGGUAAAAUCUAG